AUGUCGGAGCCGUCGACUCCUGCCACACCAGCGAGUGUGCACUGGGGUGAAACCAUGAUAGCACGGGGCCCCGAGGCUCUGCACAACUUCAUGGCCGAGACCUUCAAGGCGGCCACAGGCGGCAUCCUGCCUCAGAUGGAGGUGCGCUUCAACAACGUGUCCAUCUCGGCCGACGUGACUGUGACCAGCGAGGUGACGGCCGAGUCGGAGCUACCCACGCUCUACAACGUCGUGGCUCGCGCAAUAGCCAACUUGAACCCCAUUAAGAAAAAGGUGGUGCGCAAAGAAGUAAUCAAGAACAUCAGCGGCGUGCUCAAGCCCGGUUCAAUCACGUUACUACUUGGUCAGCCUGGUUCGGGUAAAACGUCGCUCAUGCGAGUAUUAAGCGGACAAUUUCCGGUUAAGAAAAAUAUCACUGUAGAGGGCGAGAUGACGUACAACGGAUUACUACAAAAGGAGAUCGCCAAGCGGUUGCCACAGUUCGUAGCGUAUGUGACCCAAUACGAUCGUCACUUCCACACACUCACUGUCCGUGAGACGCUGGAGUUCGCCUACGCCUUCUGCAAGGGAGGGUUAUCCAAGCACGGCGAAAAAAUGCUGUCUCGCGGUACCCCCGAAGCCAACGCACGUGCAUUGGCCGCUGCCAAGGCCGUCUUCUCUCGCUUCCCGGACGUUAUCAUCGAGCAAUUGGGACUGCAGAUCUGCCAAGAUACUGCUAUCGGCAAUGCGAUGCAUCGAGGUGUGUCAGGUGGGGAGCGUAAACGUGUCACGAGUGGCGAAAUGCAGUUCGGUCACAAAUACAUGACGCUCAUGGACGAGAUCAGUACGGGUCUGGACAGUGCAGCCACGUACGAUAUCAUUAAAACCCAGCGUAGUGUCGCCAAGAAUCUGCAUCGAACGAUCUUGAUUGCGUUGCUGCAACCUGCUCCUGAAGUCUUCGAGUUGUUCGACAACAUUCUCAUCAUGAACGAAGGCGAGAUGAUGUACAAUGGUCCUCGUCACAAGGUGGUUCCAUACUUCGAGUCACUAGGCUUCAAGUGUCCUCACGGUCGCGACGUAGCCGACUAUUUGCUGGAUCUGGGCACAAACCAGCAAUACAAAUACCAAGCUGCUCUUCCUCCUGGGAUGGCGAAACAUCCGCGUCUAGCCAGUGAGUUCGCCAAGAUGUUCCGCGAGUCCUCAUUGUACUCGGAUAUUAUCGAGGAAUUGGCUUCACCGAUCGACAAGGAGAUCGUUGACCGUGUAGGUGACAACAUGGACCCCAUACCCGAGUUCCGUCAGACUUUAUGGGAGAAUAUCCGGACGCUAACGUUGCGCCAACUGAUCAUUAUCGUGCGAAACGCAGCGUUUAUCCGAGUACGGACCUUCAUGGUCGUGGUCAUGGGACUCAUCUACGGUAGUACGUUCUACGACGUAGAUCCGACCAAUGUCCAGGUGAUGCUGGGUGUGAUUUACCAAGCCACUUUGUUCUUGUCCUUGGGUCAGGCGUCCCAGAUUCCGACGUACAUGGAAGCCCGGUCCAUUUUCUACAAGCAACGCGGCGCCAACUUCUACCGAACAUCCGCGUGGGUCAUCGCCAACUCGAUCGCUUUGGUUCCUCAAGCACUUGGGGAGAUCUUGGUGUUCGCCACGUUGGUGUACUGGAUGUGUGGCUUCGCUUCUACCGCUGCAGCGUACAUCAUCUACCUCAUCUUACUGCUAUUGACAAAUUUGGUGUUCGCGUCGUGGUUUUUCUGCUUGUCGGCCAUGUCGCCGAACUUGGAUAUCGCCAAACCCAUGUCCACGUUCUCGAUCGUGUUUUUUAUUCUGUUCGCUGGGUUUGUGAUCACCAAAGACCAAACUCCCGGGUGGCUCAUCUGGGUCUAUUGGAUCAACCCCAUCGCGUGGUGUCUGCGUGGGUUGUCGGUGAAUGAAUACCGUUCGAGUGCCUACGACGUGUGUCAGUACGGCGACAUCAACUACUGUUCCGACUACGGUAUGAAUAUGGGCGAAUACUAUCUGUCGCAGUAUGGAGUUCCGUCCGAUAAAUUCUGGAUUUGGACUGGUAUUUUAUUCAUGAUCGUGGCGUAUAUCUUCUUCAUGGUGCUGGGUUGUUAUGUUCUCGAGUAUCAUCGAUACGAAGCUCCAGAAAACAUUCAGCUCUUACCAAAGACUGUGACAGACGAGAAGGAGAUGGAGAAGCGAGGAGGUGACUACGCAUUGGUACAAACUCCCAAGAACUCAUCCGCCAACACUCAUUCCGACGGAGAUGACACAGGCGAAGUGGUGGUGAAUGUUACGAGACGUGAGAAGCACUUUGUACCUUGCACGAUAGCAUGGAAGGAUCUGUGGUAUACGGUACCAUCGCCUCAUGAUCGUAAGGAGAGUUUGCAGCUGUUAAAGGGCAUCAACGGAUACGCUGAGCCAGGCUCUUUGACGGCAUUGAUGGGAUCAUCUGGAGCAGGCAAGACGACGCUUAUGGACGUCAUUGCUGGUCGUAAAACUGGCGGCAAAAUUGAAGGGAAGAUCUACCUGAACGGAUACGAAGCCAGCGACCUGGCAAUUCGUCGUUGUACGGGAUACUGCGAGCAGAUGGACAUUCAUUCGGAAGGUUCUACGAUCCGCGAGGCCCUCACAUUCAGUGCUUUUCUACGUCAAGACAGUACCGUGUUGUCGGCCAAGAAAUACGACUCGGUGAAUGAGUGUUUGGACUUGUUGGACAUGCACGAUAUUGCAGACCAGAUCGUUCGAGGCAGUUCACAAGAGCAGAUGAAGCGCUUGACAAUUGGUGUGGAACUUGUAGCUCAACCGAGUAUUUUGUUCCUGGAUGAACCGACCAGCGGGCUGGACGCUCACUCUGCCAAGUUGAUCAUGGAUGGUGUUCGAAAGGUGGCUGAUAGUGGACGCACCAUUGUGUGUACGAUCCACCAGCCUUCGUCCGAUGUGUUUUUCCUGUUUGAUCACUUGUUGCUACUGAAACGAGGUGGUGAGUCGGUAUUUGUUGGUGAAUUGGGCCAGGAAUGCCAGAAUCUCGUGGACUAUUUGGAGGCGAUUGAGGGAGUCCCUCCUCUCCCCGAUAAGCAGAACCCUGCGACGUGGAUGCUGGAAGUUAUUGGCGCUGGUGUGGGUUACCAACCCAGCGAUGUGACGGACUUUGUGCAGCGUUUCAAGGAGAGUAAAGAGGCUCAGUACCUGCUGGAAUAUCUCGAAAAACCUGGCCUAACUCAACCAACAUCAGAGCUUCCAGAGAUGGUAUUCAAGAAGAAACGUGCUGCUGGUCCGUUCACCCAAAUGUGGUUCUUGAUUCAGCGCUUUGUGGUCAUGUACUGGCGCACUCCGACGUACAAUCUGACUCGCUUCGUGAUCGCUUUGGGGCUUGCUCUGGUGUCGGGAUUAACGUACAUCAACGCAGAGUUCGUGUCGUAUCAAGGCAUCAAUGGUGGAGUCGGUAUGGUGUUCAUGACGGCACUAUUCAUGGGCAUUGCCACAUUUACGGGCGCUCUACCCAUUACAGCUUUGGACCGCGCCGCGUUCUACCGUGAACGUGCUUCCCAGACAUACAACUCGCUGUGGUACUUCGUGGCUUCUACUGUAGUGGAGAUUCCGUACGUGUUCUUCGCGUGUCUUUUAUUCACGGUUAUCUUCUACCCAAUGGUGGGCUUCCAGUCCUUCGCGUCGGGUGUUCUAUACUGGAUCAACCUGUCUUUCUUCGUCUUGACGCAAGCGUACCUCGCUCAAGUGCUGAUCUACGCUUUCCCGAGCAUCGAAGUGUCAGCGAUUAUUGGUGUACUCAUCAACUCAAUCUUCCUGCUUUUCGCUGGCUUCAACCCUCCGUCCUCGUCCAUUCCGAGCGGGUACAAGUGGCUGUACACGAUCACACCGCAGCGAUUCUCACUCGCAAUCCUUAUGGCUCUAGUGUUUUGUGACUGUCCAGAUGAACCCACUUGGAACGAGACACUGGGUGUCUACGAGAAUGUGGGCUCGAACAUUGGUUGCCAGCCCGUGACGGAGCUACCAGUGACGAUCGACCACAUCACGGUUAAGGGAUACGUCGAGUCGGUGUUCAAGUACAAGUACGACGACAUCUGGGCCAAUUUUGGCUAUGUGUUUGUGGUGCUUGGCAUUUUCCGAAUCCUCGCUGUCUUUUCACUCCGCUAUAUUAACCACACUCAGAGGUAG